AUGCCGUUCUUCCGUGAGACCUACGUGGAGCGCCAGCCCGCGGAGAGUCAGAACGACCGCAACGACCGGGCCAUCCGCCGGGUGGCGCAUUGGUACCGGCGCCACAUCGUGGGCCCAGAGGUGCUGCUGCUGACGGACGACCGCGCCUGCCAGCAGAAGGCGCGCCAGGAUGGCCUGGCGGCGCUUCGGGCGGCGGAGUUUGUGGAGCGUAUGCGCCCCAAGUUCCCAGAGGCGGGCGAGAAGCUGGCGCUGAGGGACGAGGAGGAGGACGCAUCUGCCACGCCUGUCCCGACGCCCCGGGGGCAGAAGAGGAAAGACUUCACGACGGUGCCGGGCUCCGUGUACCCAGCGCACUUGAAGGGCAGCGAGGUGGAGAAGGGCCUCAAGGAGCGGAAGCUCUUCCAAGGGGUGCUCCGGAUGCACAUGAACACCUGCCUGCACGGCAGCGUCACGUGCGGCGGCACGGAGGAGAUGGAGGUCUCCGGGCGCCUGGCGCUGAACCGCGCGAUCGACGGGGACAUUGUGGUCGUGGAGCGCCUGGAGGACGCGGAGAGCUUGGAGCGUGCGGACAAGAGGCUGCGCCGGGAGGUGGCGGAGGAGGAUUUCGGGGCCACCCAAAAGGCGCCCUCCGCGACGGACACCCUCAAGGAAGGCGCGGCGGCUCCGUCCUCGGAGCGCGCCAAGGGCCGCAUCGUGGGCAUCAUCAAGCGGAACUGGCGUGAGUAUUGCGGCACGCUGCGGCCUCUUCAUGCUGAGCGGCAGCAGGAGACUGGGCCGGACAACUACAACAAGUCGGACCGCAUCUUCAUUCCCACUGACGCGAGGCUUCCGAACAUCAUGAUCAAGACCCGGCACUCCACGAACCUGGAAAAUAAACGCAUCGUGGUGGUGCUGGACGGCUGGGACCGGUUCAGCCACUACCCUUCUGGACAUUGGACGAAGAUUCUGGGCCAGGUGGGCGACCGCAACAUCGAGAGCAUGGUGAUCCUUCAUGAGCACGGCGUCAUCACCCGGGAGUUCAGCGAGGCGGUGUAUCGCUGUCUGCCCGCCGCGCAUUGGCAGCCGGCCGCGGCGGAUCUCAAAGGCAGAGAGGAUUUGCGGAAGGUCUGCAUUUGCUCCGUGGACCCGCCUGGCUGCAAGGACAUCGAUGACGCGGUGUCGUGCGAGCCCUUGGCGAAUGGCAACUUUCGGGUCGGAGUCCACAUCGCGGAUGUCACCCACUUUGUGCACCCCGACACCGCCAUUGACCGCGAGGCUGCAGAGAGAUGCACCACAGCGCCUCGGCAUUGUCCUCUGUGA